AGAGGGUGAGGGGAAUGCGUGUUGUUCUCCGCGAAUGCGAACGGUUCGUGUUAAUAGUCUUUCCAAAUGAUCGUGCCGUUUGAUGGGAAAUAGUGAACGGAAAAAUUUCAAGAUUGCGGUUCGUCGGACGAUACUGCGCUUGAAAAUUCCGCGGAACGGAUAGUACAAAAUGAAGCCUUUAAUCGAAUUUGAGGAAUGUUUGCGAGACACGCCAAAGUUUCGAAUACGCAUCGAGGAAGUGGAGGCAGAUGUCGAUUUACUGGAGCAAAAGUUAGACAAGGUAUUGAAAAAUUGUGGCCAAAUGAUUGAAACUGGUAAACUGUUUAUAGGACAGCAAAGCCAAUUCACCAACAGUCUUUGGGAGUUAUCUAUGUACUUUAAUGAUGGUUCUGAGAUAAUGGCCUUCUUAAACAAAUUAAUUCAUGCUUUACAAGAAAUGAACAAAUUUCAUACCAUCUUAUUAGAUCAAGCAUCUAGAACUGUAGUUAAAGAUUUAAACUCAUUCAUUAAAAGUGACAUCAAAAAGGUAAAAGAAUCUCGUCAUUAUUUUGAAAAAAUUUCUGCUGAUUUAGAUAUAGCUUUAAAUAGAAAUUCUCAAGUUCCAAAAUCCAGACCUGCUGAAUACGAGGAAACUUCUAAUAUUUUAUCGGCUACUCGAUCAUGUUUCCGACACACGGCUUUGGAUUACAUUCAUUCAUUGACGAUGAUACAGGCACGCAAACGACACGAGAUAUUGGGCACACUACUUAAUUACAUGCAAGCAUGCAUUACUUACUAUCAUCAAGGUAGCGAUCUCGCGCAAGAUUUAGAUCCAUUUUUAAAAGAUCUUGGUGAAAAUAUAAUUAAAAUGAGAGCCGAUUCUAUUAAACUUGAAAAAGAAAUGGAAAAUCGACACAUUUAUGUUACAAACAGAGAUUUAAUACCUUCCCUAAUAUCCAGUAAUCCUAAGAUGGAAGGAUAUCUUUUUAAACGAACUAGUAAUGCAUUUAAAACAUGGAAUAGAAGAUGGUUUUGUUUAAGAGACCAUCAAUUGGUGUAUAGAAAAAGAACUGGUGAUAAUGAUUUUACAAUUAUGGAAGAAGAUCUUCGCCUUUGUACUGUUAAACCACUGGUUGACUGUGAUAGGAGGAAUUGUUUUGAAGUAUUAAGUCCUACAAAAAGCCACAUAUUACAAGCUGAUAGCGAAGAAUCGUAUUUAGCAUGGGUAACUGCCAUGCAGCAAGCAAUUAGUGCUGCUAUUCAAAGAGGUAUGGGUGCUGGUACUAUUGUUAGUAUACGAGAAUCACAAUCACAGAAUAUUAGAGGCUCAGGCAGACAACAAUCAAAACCUAAAUCAAGAGUUUGGGAGCAAAUUCUAAAGAUUUCUGGAAAUGAUAUUUGCUGUGAUUGCGGUGGUGCUAACCCAAGGUGGGCCAGUAUCAAUUUAGGAAUUACACUUUGCAUAGAAUGUUCUGGAGUACACAGAAGUUUAGGUGUUCACUACAGCAAAGUUCGUUCCCUCACAUUGGAUGAUUGGGAACCAGAAAUAUUAAAAGUAAUGGCAGAGCUUGGAAAUACAGUAGUGAAUAAUGUUUACGAAGCAUUGCCAAUACCUUCUGAUAUCGUUAGGGCUACGCCAAAGUGUAACGGUAACAUACGCGAAGCGUGGAUUAGAGCAAAAUACGUAGACCAUAAAUUCGUAAAACCCUUAAGUAACAUGAUUUCAUCCGGACAACAUGCGAGUCGUGACAAAAUGCAUUUCCGAAAAUGGAGUGUCCGUAAAUUACGUCGUAGACCACGAAGUUGCGACAAAAUUGAUAGCAUUAAUCGUAAUAAAACGGCAACGCUAUCUUCCGUGACAGAAGGUCCUCAUUCUACGAGUUCCGACGACAGUAAACAUACAUCGAUCGAAAGUUUAAGUUUCGUUGAGAAAGCAAAGAAAGCUGAAAGAAGUUCCUUAAGUUCUGAUGAUAGUACGAAUCUAGAUCUAAAAAACGAUUCUACCCUGUAUGGGAAGAUACUAACACGAUCACGUAACUGUAACGAUUUACAAGAAAGUAAUUCUAAAAUCGUUAAUAGCAAUAGAGAGUCAAGCGUUGAAAACGAACGUAAACUUGAUAUUCCUGAAGCGAAAGACAAUACAAUUUCCUCGAAUGCCUCGGAGAAUAAUUUAGCACUGAAAAGUGAAGUGUCCUUAAGCGUAGAGAUUUCUGGUGUUAACGAUGUCUUAGAAGAUAAAGAUAUCGGAACGGAGAAGCAGUGUACAGAAAAGGUAGAAUCGGACGUACUAAUGUUUGGUUGUGAUUUACCAAAGCCAACAAUCGAUAACAGUUUAGAAUUAAGUUCGGAUCAAGACUCAACUGCCGGUGAAGAUGAAGAAUUUACAGACGAGGAGGAUAUCGAAAAUUUACAUCCUGAAAUGUUACUUUAUAAAGCUGCCGCUGCUCACAAUCUUCCCGUAAUGUGUGCAGCUUUAGCGGCUGGUGCUGAUAAAUCAUGGUCAAAUAUCAAUGACAGAGGUCGUAAUGCUUUACACCAAGCGAUUAUAAGUGGUUCUGUUAUGUCUUGCGAAUAUCUCAUUCUAAAUGGAGCACGCAUCAAUUGUCAGGAUGCUGGUGGGAAAACACCAUUGUAUUUGGCUACAGAAUUAGGCCAUACCGCCCAAGUGUGCUUGCUUUUGAAGCAUCGCGCUGAUCAGCAUAUUAAAGACGAAAGUGGUGUAAAACCUUUGUCGAUAGCUGUAAAAGAAGCUAACGCGGAUAUUGUUACUUUAUUACGACUUGGCCUUUUAAACGAGGAAAUGAAAGACUCGGAAAUCGGAAUUAGUGGCGACGAAACCUUUAACGACGUUGUUCGAGAUUUUAGCCAAUUAGCUUGCUCUCACCCGGAACGACUGCAACGACGAAAUGAAAGUAGUAGUACGUCGCAACCCCCCGAAUGAGUUUUAAGGAUGUGCAAAUCUUAUUUGCAAAAUGUGAAGAGCAUGCUACAACGUAAAGAAAAGAAAGAGAAGAAUACAUCGAAAACGUCGUCUUUCAAUUCCUUGCAGAGUAAUAAAGAUGAUUACGAAUAGCAAGGUAAGUAUACAAAACGGGCUUGAAAGUCCGUUCGUGUAAUUGAAAGAAAAUGGAGAAAUAUUAAGAAAAGGUUAUGUCUCUCUUUAUACUUGAAUCUCUGUACAACAGAAAUUAUUUAAAUUUUGCUAGUACCUUUUUGUACUUGUAUUUUAAAUAGCCAAGAGACUUUUAUAUUGUUUGCCAAAAGGAAGUAUAAGUAAACGUUAUAUGUUGCUUACGCGUGAAAUUAUGCUAUCCAGUGAUAGAAUGUUAAAACACGAGGUGUUUUGCGUGCCUUCUUUCUCGUUUUCCUCUUAAAUUUACAGGAAAAAAUGAAAGUAACUUCUUGUCUAAAACAAAUGCUUCUUCCAAUAUGUGUAACGCGUACUCGUAUAAGUUUAAAAAAAAAACAACAUUCUACAACUUGCAGAAUUUACAACUUGCAAAAAUAUAACGCGAGUAGAAUUUGAAAAUAUCUGCAAACAUUCGAAAAACUGUAAAUUAUUAUUAGUAGAUAUUUGUAUAUCAUUUAUGUGAUAUGAGAAACGCGACAAAAUAGUUUUAACUCUGUAGUAUGAAAAGUUCUAUCAUUAGCCGACAUGUUCUCGAUACGAUAUGACCUAGCAAAAUCUUUGCAACCAAAAUUUUAUACAUGUAUCUGUUUUUAUAUACUUAAUACUACCAGUAAUGUAUAUACAACUGGCACUAAAAUAAUUGUUUGCGUUUUUUCAGUUAUAGUAAUUUGAUAUAUAUUAGUA